AUUACCACAUCGAAAUGCAUGCAAAAAUGUAAAUAUGAGAUUUGUAUACAAAAAUGUCUGGUAAAUGUCACAUGAAGCCGACGUGUCUGCAUUCGAGUUAGUUAAAAUCGUGUGGUGGGAGAAUUUUGUGAAAAUGUUAUCUCGUUCGUAACCAUGAGUUGUAGUCAGUGUACGCUUUCUAAUCGCCGUAGACAGUCGCCGCGUAAACAAUAAUGUCUUACGAUAGCAUUUUCGAAAACCUAAACUCUCACGGACAAGGCCACUUAUUAAAAUACUGGCCAGAUCUCACCGAAAAAGAGCGCGCACAACUAUUGAGCGAUUUAAAAAAAAUCGAUUUUGCCGAAGUGAACGAAUUAUUCCGCCGCGCUAACGAUACAAGUAAAGUUAUUCUAGAAGAAAAAGUUGAAGAUUUAAAGCCUAUUCCGGACUCUCAUUAUGAAGCAGUGCCUAAUUUGAGUAACGAAAAAAUUUUGGAGUACGAAAAUAUUGGUCUGAAAGAAAUUAGUGAUGGGAAAGUUGGUGUUUUGUUGCUGGCCGGUGGACAGGCGACUCGACUUGGAUUCGGCCACCCAAAAGGUAUGUACGAUGUCGGUUUACCAUCGAGAAAAACUCUAUUCCAAAUUCAAGCGGAGAGGAUUGUCAGAGUGCAACAAAUGGCCGCUGAGAAGUACGGAAAGGAGGGGAAAAUUACCUGGUACAUUAUGACUUCAGAACACACGAGGGGCCCAACCGCUGACUAUUUCAGAAGUCAUAACUACUUCGGUUUGAAUGAGGAAGAUAUUGUAUACUUCGAGCAGGGAACUCUCCCAUGCUUUGAUUUUGAAGGAAAAAUAUUUUUAGAUGAGAAACACCAUGUUUCAUCUGCUCCAGAUGGCAAUGGAGGACUAUACAGAGCCUUAAAAAGUCAGGGUGUAUUGGCUGAUAUAGCGAAACGAGGUGUAGAGCAUCUCCAUGCUCAUUCAGUUGACAAUAUCCUUAUUAAAGUAGCUGACCCCGUGUUUAUAGGCUACUGUAAGAGCAAAAAUGCUGAUUGUGCAGCCAAAGUCGUACAGAAGUCCACACCAAGUGAAGCUGUAGGUGUUGUUUGCAGAGUAAAUGGUCACUACAAGGUAGUAGAGUACUCUGAACUUACUGAUGAAGCCGCAGAAAGUAGAACAGCUGACGGCAGACUCACAUUCUCCGCAGGAAACAUCUGCAACCACUACUUCUCAUCACAAUUCUUAACAAAAAUCUGCAAUUUUGAAUCGAAACUGAAACUCCAUGUUGCCAAAAAGAAGAUUCCUUACGUAGACCAUGAAGGAAUCCGUCAGAAACCUACAGAACCGAAUGGAAUUAAGAUGGAAAAAUUCAUCUUUGAUGUGUUUGAGUUUGCCGAGAACUUCAUCUGUUUGGAAGUAGCAAGAGAUGUUGAAUUCUCUGCUUUGAAGAACAACGAUGCUGCUAAAAAGGACUGUCCAUCGACUGCUCGGGAGGACCUCUUAAGAUUACACCGUAAAUAUGUUAGAGAAGCCGGUGGUAUUGUUGAAGACAACAUAGAUGUAGAAAUUUCUCCAUUGCUAUCUUACGGUGGUGAAAAUCUGGAGGACCUUGUCAGUGGAGAAGUCUUCGCAAUCAGUCCGUACCAUCUGAAGAGCAUGCAGGAGUCUACGGCCAAUGGGAACGGAGUUAAUGGUACCAAUGGAUCUAACGGUACUCAUUAAAAGUGUUGUGCUAUGUGAAAAGACUUCGGUGGUCGAAAAUGUCAUAUUACGGUCCCAUUUCAGUUCUACAAGUGAUCACAAAGUGUUAAUUUUAAGUGUUUCAGUUUAUUAAACUAGGGCACUGUCGACUUUAUACUUAUUUUACUUCGAAAUAUUUACUGGACAAUCUGGACUAACAUAAUUAUAACUACAAACUUAAAAAUAAAUUUAUUGUUUUCAUAAACUUUAGCAUACAUAAAAAAAUGAUAGGCUGAAUUCUAUAAUGCCUCUAUUAAAAAAGUACCUUCUAUAGUCUAUUUAUUUGCAAAAAAAAAUUGUGUAUAUUUUUUAUAUUUUUUUUAAAGGACUAAGUGAUGUUAAAAAUUUUAGUCAUUAAUUAAAUAAGAUUUUAAUAUUACUUUAUUACUUUAAUUUUGUAACAACUUCCAGUUAUAGCAAUAAUUAGUUUAAUGUGUAUAGUUCUAAUUAUGUACCUAGUUAAAAAUAAAUUGCGAAAUGAAAUUGGUACCUUGAUAAAAUACAUACCUACUUACUUGGUGAAUGAUAGUUACAAUUAGGUAAAAUUGCGUAUAUGAUAAAAUUACAGACUAAAUCUGUAAAGAAAACUAAUUUUAGUUAACUAUUUUCGCAUAUUUACGUAUUUUGUUCUAGCCGAUAAAAAUGUUGCCCCAUUUGUGGACUAAACUAAUUAAAGUAUCUUAUUUUAAAACUGCUAAGUCCAAUUUUUCCAAUAGUUAGUUAACAUUUUUCACUUUUGGCGGCAUUUUUGACAGUUCUUUAUUAUAAUCUGUAAAUUACCCCAAUACCACAACUUCUAAUUAUUUUUCUAAUCGUUUAUCAGAUGCGGCACAUUUUUUUUAUUCCCCGAUUAAAAUUCUUAGCUAUAAUUUUCUUUACUAUUCUUUAUUGCGCAAAGUAAUCGACAAUAAUUUUAUUAGUGUUAUAAAACUGGUUAUCUAGAUUGUUCCUUUGUUUCAAAACCGUAAUUUAAAAUAAGAAUUCAGUUUAAUAUUAAUCUAUUUGCUAUGCGCUAAUCUAUUAGGCUUCACAAGUUAACGUCAUUUGAAAAAAAAAGGAAAAUAUAUUUGGUUCUGUAGAUUCCAUAAUAGCAGUUUCAUUAGACAUGAUCUAACUCAGAUGGGAGAGCCUCUUUUGUCCAAACAAAGUAAAAUAAAGUGGAAUAACUGCAAGUUUAUUCUAUAAUUGUAAAAAUAUGGGUGCCAGAGAUAGUUAGUUAAUAAAAAUGUAGCUUCUCGAUCAUUCUGAUAGAUUUUUCCAAAGCAAGGCUAACAAAGAAAUCAAGCUGUACCUACCUAUUUCAAUAAUAAAUAAUUUAUGUCAACUAAUAAUAAUUCCAAGGAGGUCGGUACCAGUUUUCCGUUCACUAUGGACAACCUGUUUUAAGUGUCAAAGUUAUUUGAAAUUCGAAUUUUUAUUCUGUCAAAUAUUGCCGCCAGAAUUUCGCUUUUAAUCUCAAGGUCGUCUGUGAAUCUUGUUUUGAACCUGUUUGGUUAGCAACCUCCUUUCGUUAGGUCACGAUUACGAAUUUUUCGAAGCUAAGUAUAUGCUGAAAUCAGUGUUAAAAAAUAAUAUUGUGAUAAAAAUGAUUGAAAUCUUUGUAGAUAAAUAUUAAUUGAUAUA